CGCGCAGUUCCCAGUUUCCACCUGCAACGUCCAGUCGGUUCAUUGAUCCCACAGUCCGACCUCGCGUCCAGUCUGCGUAUUCUUUUCUAGACUGGAACCUGCUUCAGUCAUUAAUACUUGUUAUCGUGCGCAGUACACAGCUUGCCAAAUGCGCCGGGUAUCCUUACAGUCCUGAGUGCAAACGCCCUUACUGUCACUGCUCCUUGACCUGAGCUCAGGUUGCGAUCCAGCUUUCCUGACUGCAUCAGCGACAUUCUCGAAACAGUCAGCAUGCGACCUUUAUCGAGAUAGGACGAGAAUCUCAGCAAAUGUGCGUCACCCGGCUUGUGUGACUAGACACCGAGACUUCCUCGGUAUUCCGAACACUCGCCUUGGCCGCUCUGCCUUUCGCAUUCCUCCUUUGAGACAGGAUGGCGUCCUCGCCUCUGUCCCCUCGAGCCGGGGAAUCCUCCCACUCUUCCGACGCGCUCGAGUCGACCGAUACGCGCAGCAUCAUGGUGGCAGACUUUAGUUCGCCUCGACUUCGAAAGCCGCGAACAUUGCCACCUUGGAUCGAUUCUUACGAGGAACGCUAUGGACCAGGCACGCAGGAUCAGUUCAAUCUGUUGCGCCCACCGAAUGCAAUACCGGCUCGACACAACGCAGCGCCCGACGAGACGCAGCGACGGGUAUCAAAAGACGGCUACAUAGACUACGAUGACCCGAAACUCGGUCCGGCGCAGGAUGCGCGCCACAAGAUCCCACACUUCCUUCGAUAUGGUCGAGCUUCGAUGCGAGGGCGGAAAUGGGACCAUUUGCGGUCAGCUGAGCCCGUCGUCGUGCCGCGCUACCACAGCACCUCUGUCACGUCUACGGAUCCUGGCUUUCGACAGUUUGUGCACUCUUCAGCAUACGGGCCCAUGGCCGGCGAGGUGUCCGAAAGGGUCGACCCGGACUACCUGGAAAAGCUGCAGCCGACGUUCAACCUCCCUGCAAGAGGCGCAUACAAUGCACUGGCCGCCGGGCGCAGGUCGAAAAGAACGCGGACGGUUGCUUUCAACCAGCGCGUGUGGAACCUAGUGAUGCGUCAUUCUCUAUCACCGGCGAUAUGUCGAUUGACCGUCAUGGUCACCUCCAUCGUCGCGCUAGGCGUGGCCAGCAGGAUCUUCGUGCUGGAGGAUAACUUCCGCCCUUAUAGCGCGGAGCGGACGCAGUCCAUUGUCGCCAUUGUCGUGGACUGCGUCGCCAUCCCCUACAUCGGCUACAUGAUCUACGACGAAUACACAGGGCAGCCGCUGGGACUGCGGUCGGCCAGAAACAAGGUGUCACUCAUCAUGCUAGAUCUGGUGUUCAUCAUUUUUAAAUCAGCAAGCACGGCGCUGGCGUUUGAGAGCCUGGUGUACCAUAACGUGGCCGAUCCAGAGAUCAGAAAACUGGCCAAGGCACUGGCCGCCUUUAUGCUGCUCGCGCUUGCCGCGUGGACGAUCAAUUUUACCAUCAACAUCUUCCGCAUCGUGGAGAGACUCGGUGGCGGAGAGGACGAGCACCAUCGCAGGUCAUAGGAGCACAUGCGUAGGCGAACGCUCGUCACGUAGUAGGUUUCGGCGGACACCGCCCUUGGAAAGUCGAAGAAGGACAUGGCUGUUGGACAAGGUGAUGUGAGCACUCACGGUCAUUCACAGAGAUUUCAUUUUGUCUGCAUGGUAUACUACGCGCGGCGUUGGGGGUAUAAGGGACUCAUCAAGAGGCGUUUCCUAUUAAUCAUUUCCGAGUUGGGCUCUGAUGGAAGGACGCAUGGGGAAAACAGAGCCGUCAGGCUUGUUAUUAGCGGGCGUGUAUAGGUGAUUAAGCAAAUCUCAAUCAUUGGAACUAGCCGCUUCGCCAGUGUCCAGCCCUAUUAUGUUUCUUUGUUGAUCGCACCAGAGGCAUCGAGUGGCGUCGGUAUGUCAGACUACCGUACUCACUCGACAAAGUCGCUAGCGCUGGUCUGUCCUAGCGAGCAAUAUCCCUGUCAGGAGAGGUGACAAUAUCGAGUAGCAAUUACAGCAUGAGCGUUAUACGG